AUGCUUUCUCAAUAAGAAGAAUUUAAAUUUGAUGAAGAUUAUUAAAUUUCACAUUACAAUAAAAAUAAAAAAGACGAAUUCGUAGAUACUUAAAACUAGUAUUAAAGAGAUAAAAUACUAAAACAAACUCAAGAUGAAAACAAUCAAUUAAAAUAUUAAAUAAAAGUAAAAGAAUAAAAAUGGAACAAAGAAAAAGCUAUUUUAUGUCAAAAGAUAGAGUUGUUAGAAAUACAAAUAAAUGAAAGUAAAAUGCGACAAGAAAAUUUAUAAAAAAUGAACGAAGCAUUUAUGAACACUUUAAAUGAUUUAACUUCAAAUCCUAAAAAUUUUUCAAAUUAAAUUUUGAAAGAAUUAUAAAAAUUAUUCGAUAAUAGACUUUAAUUGGAUAGUUAAACAGAUUAAAAAUUUCAAUAAUAUUCACUAGUAAUUUAAGAACAACAAAAUGAAAAUAUAAAACUAAAUUACUUUAACUUUAAUAAAAUAUAAACGAUAGUGAUAAACAUCAUUAUGAGAAUUAAAUAAAGCUUUAAGCUACAAUAAAUGAAUAACAUGAGCAAAUGUAAAAGAAUAAAUAACAGUACUUUUUAAUUAAAAAAAUAGAUUAUUUGAGGAGCUUUAAAAAUUAUAAUUAGUAUACAACAAAGAGAAUUAAGAAUUAAAAUAAGAAAUAAAAGAUGCUCAUUAAAAAUACUAUGAAUCGAUGAACAAAUUACAAAACACUAAUGUUGAAGAUUCGGCC